GCAGGCUGAGGAGGAGCUUCACGUUUAUUUUGCGGCUCUUCUAUGGACGCACAACUCCUCGUAUCUUUACCGGAAGUAAACACAGACUGACACUGAGGGAAUUAACCAAACAACGUUCAGUUAUUUCUUGAAUAAGCCAGGUUUUUAUUUCUCACCUGCUUUUCCUGGCGGUUCAUCAGACUAAACAUGUACCGUGUGCGGGCGUUGACAGCAGUCUCCGUUGGGAUGGUGCAGUGUUCACGCCGCAUGCACAGUGGCAGCGCGCGCUCUCCGCAGCAUCGCAGACUGCUGCUGGCUGCUCUGGCAGGAGUGACGGGCAUCUCCGCAACGACAGGAUUCCUCUGGACAAAGGCUUAUACUGAGGCAGCGUCAUCUGUCAAGCUUGAGGAGGAGCGACGUGAGGAUGAUGCACCGAAAAACAUGGACGUAGAGUCAGACAGCGUGGUGGAGUCCGGCAGCAGUGACGAGGAAGCUGAGGAGGGCGAGAGCUCAGAGGGCAAGAAGAAGAAACCGAGAGUUGGCUUCCGUGACCGUAAGGUGAUGGAGUAUGAGAACCGUAUCCGAGCCUACUCCACCCCUGACAAGAUCUUCCGCUACUUUGCCACACUGAAGAUCAUCAGCGAGCACGGAGACGCUGAGGUAUACAUGACGCCGCAGGACUUCAUCCGCUCCAUCACGCCUAAUGAGAAGCAGCCAGAAAACCUCGGUCUGGAUCAGUUUGUGGUGAAGCGCUAUGAUGGAAAGAAGAUUUCUCAAGAGCGGGAGAAGUUUGCAGACGAGGACAGCAUCUUUUAUACACUCGGGGAGUGCGGCCUCAUCUCCUUCUCUGACUACAUAUUCCUCACCACCGUCCUCUCUACGCCUCAGAGAAACUUUGAGAUCGCCUUCAAGAUGUUUGAUUUAAACGGAGAUGGCGAGGUGGACCUGGAGGAGUUUGAGCAGGUGCAGAGUAUAAUCCGUUCUCAGACCAGCAUGGGGAUGAGGCACAGGGAUCGCUCCACCACAGGCAACAUGCUGAGGACAACUGGCUGCAGCUCGGCUCUCACUACCUACUUCUUCGGGGCCGACCUGAAGGGUAAACUCACCAUCGGCAGCUUCCUGGAAUUCCAGAGGAAACUGCAGCACGAUGUUCUCAAGCUUGAGUUUGAGAGGAAUGACCCAGUAGAUGGCAGGAUCACAGAGAGACAGUUUGGGGGCAUGCUGCUGGCUUACAGCGGUGUUCAGUCACGUAAACUCAAACAGAUGCAAAAAGGCCUGAAGAAGAUGUUCAAAGAUGCGCAGGGUAUCACGUUUGAAGAAGUGGAGAAUUUUUUCACGUUUCUGAAGAAUGUGAAUGAUGUGGACACGGCACUGAGUUUCUACCACAUGGCCGGUGCCUCCAUCGACAAAGCCACAAUGAAGCAAGUGGCUCGUACCGUCGCCAAGGUGGAGCUGUCAGACCAUGUGUGCGACGUGGUGUUCGCCUUAUUCGAUUGCGACGGUAACGGUGAGCUGAGCAACAAGGAGUUCAUAUCCAUCAUGAAGCAGAGGCUAAUGCGGGGGCUUGAGAAGCCCAAGGACAUGGGUUUCACCCGCCUGGUGCGUGCGAUGUGGAAGUGCGCGCAGGACACAGCGUGGGACUUCGCCAUGCCUAAACAGCAUUAGCAGGGUAUAGAAAGAGGGAGGUGAGAGAGGGGGAAAAGACAAGUGAGAUAGAGAGAGAGAGCAGCUUCUUCUGCAGCCAACUAAAUUAAGAAAUUAACUCAAGAUGGCAUGUAAUAAAUCGUACAUGUGCUGUAGUGGCCAGUGCUCCUGCAUGAGCUAACUGCUGCAGUGUGUGUGUGUGUGUGUGUGUGUGUGUGUGUGUGUCUCCAGCCACUACAUAUUAGCCCCUUUGUCGCUGACGCUUCUCAUAGAGUCUGCCACAUCUGUAGCAUAUGUGCGUCACCAGUGUGGGUCUGUUUAUGCACAGAUGCCACAAGGUCUGAAACACAACUCACCAGAAUGACAUUUUAGUCGUGAAAGUAGUUGAACUUGGGUUAUACAGGAUAGUUACGCAUUUUAAACACUUAUUGAUCCGGCAGCUACUGGAUCAAGGUUGGACUUUUGUGUCAACAAGUUUCAACUGUUUUCCUGUGGCAUACGCUUCAGAUGUGUUGGAUAUCAACUCGUUGAAAAUGCUGGAGUUCUACUCUCAGGGCUGAGGGGAUCGUCGGAUGUUUUGCACGCGUCGUUGACGUGCCCUGAAACAGCGGAUAGCUUUGCUCUGCGAACAGGCCUUUAAUGAGCGCUCUCUGCCUUCUUACAUAUCAAAACUUGUACUUUUAAAGUCCGUGCACAGAAAAGCCAAACCCUAACUCAGCAUUACAGUGUACUUUAUCACACCUCUUCUUCUUCUUCUUUGUAUAUUUACACUAUGUUUAACAGUUAUUCCAUGAAAUCGAGUCGUACAUGAGCUGAUAGCCGACAAGGCGCAUAGCCAUGUAUGACGAGAUUGACUGGAAUAACUGUUUUAUUUUAUCCACAUUCGCUGGAUUUUGAGAUUUUUUUUUUUUCAAAUUCAAUAAACUUUGUACAUCAGACAAAAUCAAUUCUGCUUAGAAUGUAAACAAACCAGUGAAAUGACGGUAGCAAUUUGUGAAAAAUGCUAUUAUAAUGAGUCCUGGGGGGGAAAAAAAAAAUUUACGUUCUUGGCAUCAAAUACUUUCAUUCCAUAUUUUGUCGCCUUUUUUGGGGGCGGGGGCUGUUUUUGGAGUAAUUAUUUCGUCCUCGGUUGGUUCAGUAACAGACGCCACCAUUUUCUUCUUUCGGUUUUUUUUUGAUGGUUGGCAAAUAAACAACAUCGUGACUAACCAUGGAGUGCAGAACAGGAGAUAUUUGGGGGAGGGGCCUAUAUUCUUUUAAAUACUUGAUGAUAAAAUGAUAUAUCUGGCUUGAUGCGUGCCGCUAUUUUGUUUUUCUCUACUCACGGUAUAUGAGCUGAUAGCUUGGUAGUGGCGUAGCCAAUCAGAGCGCACGAUUGCUCGUAUCCAGUGAACGUGGAUAGAAUAAAUACUUUAUAAAGUGGCUAUGAGUGUAAGAAAAGCUACAUUGAGAAAUGAUGUACUUGAAUAUGAUGUGCUCUCUUAUAUUAAACCAUUUUUCAUGA